UAAAGAGUGUUCUUACCUCAUGAAAAACCUGGAAAUGGUUGAUAUUGUGACCUGAUACUUGCUCUUCUGUCACAGUGUCGACACUGCUGAGAGGUCCGAGGUCUACAGUGAUGGGUUUCACCAAACAGAUCUGGACUCUGUAUUUAAGCUUCUUGAGGAGAGCAUUAACACAUUUGUGAAGAAGGAGCUGAAGAGAUUUCAGAGGGUUUUAAGUCCUGGUCCAGAAAGCAUAAAGAGGGAGGAUGAUGACCUGCCUGAUGAUGAAGAUGAAGAGCUGAGGCAGAGCAGCAGAGAGGCUUUUCUCAAGAUCACUCUUUACUUCCUGAGGAGAAUGAAGCAGAAGGAGCUGGCUGACUCUCUGCAGAGCAGGGGUUCUGCUGUCAUGUGCCAGGAAAAACACAAAUACAAUUUGUCGAAGAAGUUUCGGACUUUGUUUGAGGGGAUCUCUAAAUCAGGAAACCCAACCCUUCUGAAUCAGAUCUACACAGAGCUCUACAUCACAGAGGGAGGGACUGGAGAGGUCAAUGAUGAACAUGAGGUCAGACAGAUUGAAACAACAUCCAGGAAACCAGACAGACCAGAAACAACCAUCAGACAAGAAGACAUCUUUAAAGCCUCACCUGGAAGAGAUGAACCAAUCAGAACAGUGAUGACAAAGGGAGUGGCUGGCAUUGGGAAAACAGUCUUAACACAGAAGUUCACUCUGGACUGGGCUGAAGACAAAGCCAACCAGCACAUACACUUCACAUUUCCAUUCACUUUCAGAGAGCUGAAUGUGCUGAAAGAGAAAAAGUUGAGCUUGGUGGAACUUGUUCAUCACUUCUUUACUGAAACCAAAGAAGCAGGAAUCUGCAGGUUUGAAGAGUUCCAGGUUGUGUUCAUCUUUGACGGUCUGGAUGAGUGUCGACUUCCUCUGGACUUCCACAACACUGAGAUCCUGACUGAUGUUACAGAGUCCACCUCAGUGGACGUGCUGCUGACAAACCUCAUCAGGGGGAAACUGCUUCCCUCUGCUCGCCUCUGGAUAACCACACGACCUGCAGCAGCCAAUCAGAUCCCUCCUGAGUGUGUUGACAUGGUGACAGAGGUCAGAGGGUUCACUGACCCACAGAAGGAGGAGUACUUCAGGAAGAGGUUCAGAGAUGAGGAUCAGGCCAGCAGGAUCAUCUCCCACAUCAAGACCUCACGAAGCCUCCACAUCAUGUGCCACAUCCCAGUCUUCUGCUGGAUCACUGCUACAGUUCUGGAGGAUGUGUUGAAAACCAGAGAGGGAGGAGAGCUGCCCAAGACCCUGACUCAGAUGUACAUCCACUUCCUGGUGGUCCAGACCAAAGUGGAAAACAUCAAGUAUGAUGGAGGAUCUGGGACAGAUCCACUCUGGAGUCCAGAGACCAGGAAGAUGAUUGAGUCUCUGGGAAAACUGGCUUUUGAGCAGCUGCAGAAAGGAAACCUGAUCUUCUAUGAAUCAGACCUGACAGAGUGUGGCAUCGAUAUCAGAGCAGCCUCAGUGUACUCAGGAGUGUUCACACAGAUCUUUAAAGAGGAGAGAGGACUGUACCAGGACAAGGUGUUCUGCUUCGUCCAUCUGAGUGUUCAGGAGUUUCUGGCUGCUCUUCAUGUCCAUCUGACCUUCAUCAACUCUGGAGUCAAUCUGCUGUCAGAACAAUCGACAUCCUGGUGGUCUAAACUGUUCACAGACAAUUAUAAACUUGCACAUUUUUACCCGAGAGCUGUGGACGUGGCCUUACAGAGUCCAAAUGGACAUCUGGAUUUCUUCCUCCGCUUCCUCCUGGGUCUUUCACUGCCGACCAAUCAGCGUCUUCUACCAGUCUUUCUUAGAUACAAAACAAGCAUCUCGCAGACCAAUGAGGAAACGGUCCAGUACAUCAGGAAGAAGAUUGGGGAAAAUCCACGUCCAGAAAGAAGCAUCAAUCUGUUCCAUUGCCUGAAUGAGCUAAAUGACCAUUGUUUAGUUGACAAGAUCCAGAAGUACUUGAGCUCAGGACGUCUCUCUGCACACAAACUGUCUCCUGCUCAAUGGUCAGCUCUGGUCUUCAUCUUACUGUCAUCAGAAAAAGAUCUGGACGUGUUUGACCUGAAGAAAUACUCUGCUUCAGAGGAGGCUCUUCUGAGGCUGCUGCCAGUGGUCAAAGCCUCCAAAAAAGCUCAACUGAGUGGCUGUAACCUCUCAGAGAGAAGCUGUGAAGCUCUGGCCUCAGUUCUCAGCUCCCAGUCCUCCAGUCUGAGAGGACUGAGUGACAAUGACCUGCAGGACUCAGGAGUGAGGAUGCUUUCUGUUGGACUGGAGAGUCCACACUGUAAACUGGAAACUCUCGGGCUGUCAGGCUGUAUGGUCACAGAGGAAGGCUGUGCUUUUCUGGCCUCAGCUCUGAGAUCCAACACCUCCCAUCUGAGAGAGCUGGACCUGAGCUACAAUGAUCCAGGAGACUCAGGAGUGAAGCUGUUGUCUGUCGGCUUGAAAGAUCAACGCUGUGAACUGGAGACUCUCAGAGUGGUCGACAGAGGAGCCUGCAGGCUAACACCAGGUCCAAGGAAGUAUUUCUGUGAACUCACUCUGGACUCAAACACAGCUCUUAGAAAACUCAAACUGUCUGAUGACGACAGGAAGGUGACAGCAGUGGAGCAGGAGCAGCCAUAUCCUGAUCAUCCAGAGAGAUUUAAUCACUGGGGGCAGGUUCUGUGUACAACUGGUCUGACUGGUCGAUGUUACUGGGAGGUCGAGUGGGGAGGGUGGGUUGAUAUAGGUGUGACUUACAGAGGAAUCAGAAGGAAAGGAAAAGGCGUGGACUGCAGGCUUGGAGGGAACGAUCAGUCCUGGAGUUUGGACUGUUCUGAUGAUGGGUUCUUUGUUUGUCACAAAAACAGUGGAACAUCUGUGCGUCCUCGAGCCUCCUCUCUGUCUAACAGAGUGGGAGUGUAUCUGGACUGGCCCUCUGGCUCUCUGUCCUUCUUCAGCAUCUCCUCUGACUCUCUGAUCCACCUCCACACCUUCAACACCACAUUCACUGAACCCGUCUACCCUGCCUUUAGGAUUAGGUACGAGUCAUACGGUGCCUUAUUGGCACUAUGUCAGCUGUAAAGGAGAAAAUUAACUGCUCAGAGGAAAAGUGUAGAUUAAUUCAAAGGUAACUGUGACAAGCUAGUUUCAAUCUUUAUCCAAUCUGUAGAGAAAGAGACACACACACAAAAUCAUUUUACGUUGUUCAAAAAUGAUUCUUUAG